AUGGAGACUUCAACGACCCUCAGGGUCAGGCAACAUAGGAUGCAGGCACUAUUGCAGGUCUUCCGGUACUUCGUGUUAUCAACGAGCCGACGGCUGCUGCCAUCGCGUACGUUCUUGAAGAAGGGCGGCGAGUCGCAGAACAUCUUCUACGAUCUUGGUGGUGGUACCUUCGAUGUGUAUCUUUUGUCUAUAGACGAGGAUGUCUUCAAGGUGUUGGCAACCGCCGGUGAUACUCACCUCGGUGAUUCGCUGAACCGAUGUCUUCAAGAACCUGAGGAUUCUCGUCAGCAGUCGACCCGGCUUGAGAUCGAGUCCUUCGAGAGCGACAACGACUUCUCGGAGAUGCUCACCAGGGCCAAGUUUCAAGAGCUCAACAUGGAUUUGUUGCGCAAGACCAUGAGGCCCAUCGAGCAGGUACUCAAGGACGCCAACCUGAAAAAGGAAGACACUGACGAGAGUGCCGAGGACCGAGAGCACAAGGAACCCUCACAGGGUAUCAGUCCCAACGAAGCUGUUGCCUAUGUUGUCGCUCUCCAGGAUGGUAUCCUCUCCCGUGACGAGUCAUUGGGCCACGUCGUCCUCGUUAAUGUCUGUCCUUGA